CACGAAUACAAAGAGCCAUACGACCUUCGGAUGCCGGUGGGUCCUUUGGAGUUCCCUCUGUUACUCAAGUUGCAGUGGUAGGGGGUUCCGUGCUUGAGUAUAGGAAGAAUGAAACCAUGUUGAUCAGGAAGGCCCCUGUUGGCUUUAUUCUUUCAGUAAGGGGUGACUGUGACACUCAGUGUGUUGUGUUAGGAGAGCACAGGAUCUGCCAGUAGAAGAAGGCGUCUGUCUCUCCUCUGCAGGCCCAUGAGAGGCAGCCAUGGACUGUGUGCUCCUUCACGGCUUACCUACUCCUCCUUCACAGAACCCACAACCUGGAGUUCUGACUCCUCUGACCACCCUCCAUGAGAAAGAAAAGUGAAUCCACAGAGGCCAGUGCUUCAACCUCAUAAAGUCCAGUUGACCAGAGCACCUUUGGGAGAGGCCCAGCGAGUGAGCACGGUUGUUACUGUGCCUAUCAGCCAUGUCCUUCAGUGCCACCAUUCUCUUCUCCCCUCCCAGUGGCAGCGAGGCCCGAUGCUGCUGCUGUGCCUGUAAAAGUGAGAAUAGCGGAGGCAGCGCAGGCUCACAGGGCGGGAACCCUCCUGCCAGCACGCCCAUCACAGUGACUGGACAUGGCCUAGCUGUCCAGAGCUCUGAGCAGCUCUUGCAUAUUAUCUACCAGCGGGUGGAUAAGGCAGUGGGCCUGGCUGAGGCUGCUCUGGGUCUGGCCCGGGCCAACAAUGAGUUGUUAAAACGGCUCCAGGAGGAAGUGGGUGAGCUGAGACAAGGGAAGGUAUGCACCCCUGAUGAAGACGGGGAGAGCCGGGUCCACAGUCCCCCAACAGAGGAGCCUGGGCCCCUCAAGGAGAGUCCCAGGGAAAACUGCAAGACUCUGUCUGUCGUGGAGGAGGAGUGUGACAGUGUGGGCAGUGGUGUGCAGGUGGCAAUCGAGGAGCUGUGGCAGCUGGGGUCAGCCUCGGCAGUGGGACCUGGGCCUUUGGGCUUCCCAGCCUCUCAGAGAGACAUGAGGCUCCCAGGAUGUGCUCUGGCCGGGGGUGAGGGGACCCCUCUGCUCAAUCCGCUGGUGGAUGAUUAUGUGGCCUCUGAGGGUACAGUACAGCGUGUACUGGUCCCAGCUUAUGCCAAACAGCUUUCACCAGCCACACAGCUGGCUAUCCAGCGGGCAUCUUCAGAGUCAGUGCCAGAAAAUGGAACCAAGCUGCCACCACCCCGCCCUGAGGACAUGCUCAGUGCUGCUGCUGCGUUGGACAGUGCCUUGGAAGAGUCAGGUUCCGGGAGCACUGGGGAGUUGAGGCACUCUCUAGGGAUCACUGCUUCCCCAUGCAGGACCAGAGGGAAUGGGCAGAAGAACUCCAGGCGAAAGCGGGAUCUGGUACUCUCUAAAUUGGUCCACAAUGUGCAUAACCACAUCACCAAUGACAAGAGAUUCAAUGGGUCUGAAAGCAUCAAGUCCUCUUGGAAUAUUUCAGUAGUGAAGUUCCUUCUGGAAAAGCUCAAGCAGGAGCUGGUCACCAGUCCCCACAAUUAUACUGAUAAAGAACUGAAAGGAGCCUGUGUGGCUUACUUCCUCACCAAGAGGCGUGAGUAUCGCAACUCCCUGAACCCCUUUAAAGGUCUGAAGGAAAAAGAGGAGAAGAAACUUCGAAGUCGCCGAUACCGGCUUUUUGCCAACCGAUCCAGCAUCAUGAGGCAUUUUGGACCUGAGGACCAAAACCUGUGGAAAGAUGUGACAGAAGAGCUGAUGUCUGAUGAGGAGGACAGUCUUAAUGAGCCAGGUGUCUGGGUGGCCCGCUCUCCUCGUUUCCGGGCCCAGCGCCUCACAGAGCUCUGCUAUCACCUGGAUGCUAACUCUAAGCAUGGCACCAAGGCCAACCGUGUAUAUGGGCCUCCCUCAGACAGACUGCCUUCUGCUGAAGCCCAGCUCCUUCCACCAGAACUUUACAAUCCUAAUUUCCAAGAUGAGGAAGAAGAGGGAGGAAAUGAGAAUGGACCCAUCUCUCCAUCGUUUGACCAACCCCACAAAACCUGCUGUCCUGACUUGAACUCAUUCAUCGAAAUCAAGGUGGAAAAGGAUGAGUGAACUCUAUAACCAAGAAUAAUUCUGGCUUCUGCCACUCUCCCUGUCCCAUAAAUGGGUGGCUGUGGGGCUUCCCAGAAUAAUGAAAAACCCUCUGCAGUCUGAGAAAGUUUGACUCACUUCUUAACAUAGUCUGUGCUGGAAGUGGAAGCUAGAAGCUCUCUCUGGUCGGGUGAAAGACUUAUCUAGAAGGGGAAAAACACCCUCACUGUGAAUGGCAAGCCAGAAAAUGCUUAUUCCUAAGCAUAAACAGUGCCACGGAGGAGCAUGGCAUGAGAAAAGGAGGAUGGGUCUAAGAAACACCAACCCUCCUUGACA